CACCUAACGCCAUCUACCUUAAAAAAUGCCAAGAACAUUGUGUCACACAGCCAACUGACAGCUCGAUAACCUUUUGUGAGAUGCCCUAUGUUUGUUUUCGACGGUGCAAUUUAAAAAUGCCAAAAAGGAAAUGUUGAAUUACCGGCUAUUUCACACCAGACCCAGGGAAGUGCAAUGUGAAAACUAAUGAGUAAUUUGCAGAAUAACGUUGGCACGGUCGGUGGCCAAAAAAUCUACCACAGCAUCAAGGAUCCUCCACUAUUUUUUGUAAUGAUGAGGUUUAAUGUAAAAGUGGUAUUACUGUUUAUAUUAUUAAUCGGCAUAUUUUCACUGCUCCUGUUGUAUUCUUACUGCGGUGUGGAAUCGUAUGCUUACAGAUCGAACAGUAAAUAUUUAAGUUUGUCACGAUUGGACAUGCAAGGAGCGGAAGAGAUAGAAUGCGACAUUAAUGGAGAAUAUGUGAUUGGUUGCCGGAAAGAAGGGGACGAGGUGUAUCUGCCUUUUUCGUUCUUGCACAAAUAUUUCGAGAUUUACGGCAAGUUAGCCACCUACGACGGUUUGGAGAGGUUCGAAUGGUCGCACAGUUACAGCAAAGUUUACCAUCCGAAGCAGGAAUACGACCCGAAAGGCGUUUUUAUGUACUUUGAGAACUACAAUGUCGAAGUACGAGAGAGGGUGAAAUGCGUCAGUGGUGUAGAGGGCGUGCCGGUAUCCACCCAAUGGGAGAGCAGUGGGUACUACUACCCCACCCAGAUAGCCCAGUUUGGGCUCUCGCAUUACAGCAAGAAUCUCACCGAACCUGAACCCAGGAAAAAAGUCAUCGAAGAUGCCGAAAAAGAGUACGCAAAAUGGUUUGUACCCACGACGGCCUCAGUGCAAAGAUUAUUCGAUAAAGAAUUAUCGAGCAGGAUACUCAAAUUUAGAACCAGCGAUAAUUACCGCGAAGGGGUCAAACUAAAAAUGGAUCAUGUUCUGGAUUUUGUGAUAAGCCUCAAUUUAAUUUUGAGUGAUAACAGUAGCUUAAGUGUUACACUACAAAACCGAGAAACCAAGGAUAUCUACAAUCUACACUAUAUUACUUCAAGUCUUCUUAUAACACUACAGGACAACAACGUUUACUACGGCAUAGGCAGCUCGGACGAGUGGAAAAAAAUGACGCGCGAUCUCAUCAUCGACCUGCAAAAGGGUCUCAGCUACCUGGACAAGGACAAGUCCAAGCACAAGAUCCCUCGGUCCAAACUGAAAAUCGUGCAGAUAGUCUUGCAGGGCUCUGGCGCCUUGGACAACCUGACCCUGUCCUCGUCGGAGCACAUACAACAGUUCUACGACGCAGCCGAGUGGUUCGUGAGGAAUCAGGACGGAAAGACCGGCGGGUGGGAGAUACCGGUCAAAAGGAAAUUAGCGGCAGGCUUCCGUGACCUCCAACCGGGAUGGUACUCUUCGAUGGGCCAAGGCCACGCCAUAUCCCUUCUGGCCCGCGCGUAUCACCACUCGGGCGGCGACACAAGGUACCUAAACGCAGCCCUCAACGGGCUAAAGCCUUUUAGAGUCCCGAGCAGCAAAGGCGGCGUGCUGGCCACCUUUUUAAACAAGUACCACUGGUACGAGGAGUACCCCACCAAACCCGCCUCCUUCGUGCUGAACGGUUUCAUCUACGCCCUGCUGGGUCUGUACGAUUUGAAGGUCAUAGCGCCGCCUGGAGAGGCGGACGAGGCUGAGUUUUUAUUCAACGACGGCAUGGAUUCCUUAAGGAACAUGCUGCCGCUCUUCGAUAUGGGCAGCGUUACUUCUUAUGAUCUCAGGCACUUCACCAUUCACACGGCGCCGAAUUUGGCGCGGUGGGAUUACCACGCGACUCACGUCAAUCAACUUUUGCUGCUGCAUACCAUAGACAGCGAUCCGCUGUUUGCCCAAACCGCCGAAAGAUGGAUCGGGUACAUGAGCGGUAAAAGGUCUGCGCAUAACUAAAGCCUGGUUCUAACAGAAAAGUAAUUUAAUUUAAGAUGUUAUUUAAUUUAACUUAAAAGUUAAAAACCCAACAAUCCUUAGUAACGUUCAUACAGUGAUGUAAUUUAAAACUUAAUUUAAUAGUUGGCCAACUUUUAUCUUUUAAAUUAAAUUACGUUAUUUCAAGGUUAUUUCGUAUUAUCUAACCUAUUUUGGGAGAAUCUAACCUAUUUUGUGUAAACGGUUUUAAUAAUAAGACAAAUAUUUCGAUUGUAAUUACCAAAGUAAGCCAUAUAUAUCUAAAACUUUAAGUUUUAGAUACAUUAAGUAAGCACUCUCAUUAAAAUAUUGUUUUUAAUUUAAAACACUAUUAAAUUACGUUACUUUUUGUAUGAACGCAAGUAAAUUAAAUUAAAUUACUUUUAAAGUUAAAUUAAAUUAUAUUACGUUAUUUCUCUGUUAGAACCCAACUUAAGACUUCUGAUAAUCUAGGCACCAACAUACGCAGUAUGUUGGUCAUUGAUUACACUUUUGAUAUGAGUAGUAGGUAUAUGGCACGCCGUUUUAACAUUUAUUAAAUAAUUUUAUAAUUUCUAAAUUUAUAAUAUUUUCAACUAUCAUGUAUUGCAAGACAAAAUUUACUAACCAACAGUUCACUUCUGUAUUAAACAAUAUUAUUUUCUAUCAAUUUUUGCAAACAUUUCUAAAAAUCAUUUUUUAAUAAAUAUAAUUUCCCAAGUAUAAUUUAAUUGGGUGGCAUUUGGUUAACUUAAAUAAACAUUUUAUAAAAUUAUUGAAAUUAAUUUGGUAAAGUUAAAUUUUUUAGUAUUUAAAACUAGUAUCAAGCCAUUUGAAAUAAAAACACAUAUAAAACAUUUUCUACCAAAAUAGUUUAAAAAGUUAAAUUUUUGUAAACUCAAAACUAUUGAUAAUCAAAAAAUAUUUUAAAUAUAAAAUGCAACUGUAAAAGUUUAAGUUUAAAAUUAUUAAUUUAAAAAAAAUGGA